UUGGGAGCAUAAGCUGAAGUCUGACAGGCAGGAUAAUGAGUGAAGGGUUUCUUGCUGACCUCACAGCUGAAACGAGACAAAAAGACAGGUGGCUGAAGAUAAAUAAAAAGAAAGAAAGAAUAACGACGCAAAAACAAGACAGUUUCAGGGGAGGAAACUAACUUGCGUGCACAUAUUAGGUAAAAAUAACAGAUCAUGAACAUUUAUGUCACCCUCUUAUAACCACAUAACCGCAUUUCCAGGUAGAUUAUUUUGUUAAAUGCAAACUAGUCAACAUCAUUUGAAAACAGUAUUUCCAUAAAGGCAAAUACAAGGGUAUGAGAAUGAUCAGACCACGGAGAGAAGGAAAGAGUAGCAACCGGCAGCAGUGCACUUCAUUUACCAAGAGGAAACAUCUUGGCAUAAGGAAAAGUAUGCUCCAUCUGGUGAUUUUUCUGCUAGCUUCAGGUUGUGGCACUUUGUGUUCAUACGUUACUCGAGAGUACUACCUGAUAAAUGAGAAUAAGAAAUGGGACGAUGCCCAGAGUUACUGCAGAGAAAACUACACUGACCUCGCCACCAUUGGCAGCCAUGAUGACCUGAAGAAGCUGGUGAACAUGACAGCAGCCAGUGGCGAGACAAAAGAAAUCUGGAUUGGUCUGAAAAAGAACGGGGUGGCGUCCUGGCUGUGGUCUGUGGGGGAAACUCAGACCAGCGACGGAUUAGCUGUAUACACUAACUGGGCUAGUUUGCCUGAUUCUUCUCACUACUGUGGAGGCAUGAGGGAUGAUGGGAAAUGGCUUAGUGCAUCCUGUGUUGAAACACAUCCCUUUGUUUGUCAGGAAGUGGAGUCCAGCAGGAUGUAUGUUGUUCUUGAAGAGAAGACUUGGAGUCAAGCCCAACUUCACUGUCGACAGAACAAUCACGACUUGGUCAGUGUGAAAAACCAGGCCGAAAAUCAGGCCUUACAGCAAACAGUUGGGCCGUCGCUGACCUUUUUCUGGACCGGUGUGUUCAGAGAUGAGUGGAAAUGGUCGGACAAGAGCAACAGUUCCUUCAGAAUGUGGGAGAGCAGUCAGCCUAAUAACGACGGAGUCUGUACGUUGUAUAGUCCCUCUUCUAAGAGUUGGUGGGACAGAAAUUGUGAUUACAGAUAUCCUUUCAUCUGCUAUAAUGCCACAGAAAGAAAUCCACAGACAGCCAGGUAUUUCUUGAGGGUGGAAAUACAGUCUAAUUCAUUCUCAAGCUUCAGUGAUUCAGCUAUGAGCGAAGCCAUUUUGAACGAAAUCCAAAAAAGGUAUGAAGGGCUCAAGCUUCGGUGGAGAGUCCAACCAGAUGGGAAGAUUUUCCAUCAGAAAGAAAAGAAGAAAGAGGAAUAAAGGGAAGCCGCCACUAACAAAUUAUCUGCAGGGCCAAAUAAGACAUUACAAUUACUCCUAAACAUCCAUAUGGGCAUAAAAAUACUGUAGCACAGAUAUUGUUCCUGUACUGAUUAGGUUCCUUUCUAAAUUUCUCCUGCUGUCUUCAAUGUUUUAUGCUCACUCUUAUCAUUUAUUAACAGUAGGUGUGCUGUGUCCGUUUACAUAUACACAAACCUUUUCUCUCCUGACAAUCAAAGCCUGUAAGCAUGAUCUUAAACUCUACUGUUUUAUAUCUUAAAAGUCUAUUAGGUGUUGGGGCGUAGUACUGCUUAUGUGAAAAAAGGUUAUUAUAGUUUAGUAUUUUUCAUUAGUUUUUAUUUUGUUUUCAAUUUUGUUUAGUUUGUAUUGUUUAUAAUGUUUUAAUGUUUUUUGUUUUGUUAGUUUUGGUAUUUGUAUUAUAAUAUGGGGGAUAUUUGUCAGGGGCACCAUUUAAUAAGUUCAGAAUAGGAAUUACAGUACAACCAGUCAGUCGUGUAGACAUCUCAGUCUCAAACACUUGCACCAAUGACCUUCAUGUUUUGUUAGGACACAAUAUCGUUUGUUAUUUUUCAUUUUUAUUUCAGUUAACUAAAAACAACUUUUUACACGUAGUUUAAGUUUUAGUUUUUUAUUUAGUUUUAGUUAACUGUAAUAACUAUAAUAGCCAUGAUCCAGAAGGAGCUACAUGGAAUCUGAUAAAUGUCCUCAAGUAGCAGAGCUGCAUUUUGGGUAACGUAGGCGCCAAGUUUUGACAAGGAGGAAGAAUGUGUGGAUCAAAAAAUAAAGACAUAUCACCACGAGUCUGACAAUGUUGUAGGAGUGCAAUGCUAAAUGUGGAGUGCGCUGUUAAGGAAACAAAAACAAACGCGCCUUUUUUCUUUAAGAAUGACUUUAUGUUCCCUCAUAAUAUUGCAAUAAAAAAGGCUGACAAUAGCAAUACAAUGACACAAGCUCAACUGAUUUGGAGUGAAAACAAAAAUAGGCAAUAAUCAGUGGAAAUCUGUGUCAAUGGUAACACACCAUCCUUCAAUCAGAUGGCUUUGACUUCAAGUCACUUAACGUGUAAUCCACAUCUGACCUGCAGUACUGCUUGAGACUGAGUGAUAUUGAUAAAUACAGCUUGCAUUGUUAUGGUGCUUAUUUAAUAACAGAUAAAAAAUAAAACAUACGAAACAGAUUUAUAGAUGGCAGUGAAAUAACUGGAGUUACAGCUUUUAACUUGGUAUGUCUGAAUUGCUCACUGACCACUGAAAGAAAACUGACCCACAUUAUUUGUAUGUACAGUUUGAAUGAGUUUAAAUAAGUAAAAUAAAGUUGGCACUGAAUAUAAUACUAGUCAAAGAGUAAUGCCAACCUAUGAGUUUAUUAGAGCCGCGUCAUUUCACUACAUGUAUAAACAGACUGACACGCUCAGCACAGCAUUACAAUCGUGUUUUUAUAGAAAGCAGAUGUAUAGAUAAUGAGUAAACACGGAGAAGUCACAGACUUCCAAGAUUUUAAAAUACCUGGUGUCACUGUUACAGCAAUGUUGCAUUCAGAUGGUAGAAACUGGAAUCCACUCAACAGUCCUUCGUGUUUUCUCUCCAAGCUAAUUGCACUGAGGCUCAGGGUGUAUCACACACUUCCAACUACUGAACUUAUAUUAAAUUACUCCCUGCAAUAAGGUGAAGUGUUAAAGUUGGAAUAGAAAUUCCUAACUUUGAGUGGUACAAUUCCUACUGGCCUUUUUUUUUUUUAUAAUAAUCAAA